AUGGCCCAACCUCACAUUCCAACUAUCCAGCUGAACGACGGCAGUUCGUUCCCAAUUAUCGGAUAUGGAACCGGAACAGCCUGGUUCAAGAGCGGCGACAGCACUGGACUCGAUCACACCCUCGUCGAGGCAGCCAAAAGCGCCAUAAAGCUGGGCUUCACCCACCUCGAUGGGGCCGAGGUUUACGGGACAGAGCCAGAGUUGGGGCAGGCGAUCCAGGAGAGCGGGGUUGCUCGCGACCAGCUGUUUGUGACUACCAAGGUUGGGCCUCAGUCUGUGCGCGAUAUCCCGUCGGCCAUCGACGCGAGUUUGAAGAAGCUGAAGCUUGAAUAUGUGGAUCUAUUCCUGAUUCACGCUCCCUUCUGGGCAAAAACAGACGAAGACCUCCAGCAAGCCUGGGCCGCCAUGGAGCAGGUCAAAGCAUCCGGAAAGGCCCGCUCAAUCGGCGUGUCCAACUUCCUUCAAAGCCAUCUCGAAGCCGUCCUUGCGACCGCAAAGGUCAUCCCGUCCGUAAACCAGAUCGAGUUCCACCCCCACCUCCAGCACGGCGGCCUGGUUUCUUUCCACGAGGCCAAGGGAAUCAGGACCGUCGGCUACGGUGGACUUAUCCCAAUUACCCGUGCUGUCGGUGGUCCGUUGGACUCUAUCUUGGCGAAUCUGGCGAAGAAGUACGGGGUGGGCGAGUCGGAGAUCUUGCUGCGCUGGUCGCUGGACUCAAUUGGUGUGGCGGUUACUACGAGUAGUAAGGAGUCGCGCCUGGCUUCCUAUCUGCGUGUGCUUGGGUUUAACUUGACCCGGGAGGAAAUUGAAGAGAUUGCCCGUGUGGGCCAGGAGAAGCAUUAUCGCGCUUUCUGGCUCAAUCAGUUUGCGCCGGAUGAUCGGUCCUGA